AUGACCGAGAAUGCGCCCCCGGGGAGCUCUGCCAACACCGGCGCAGAUGGCUCGCGCGGGAUGCCAUACUACGAGAAGAUACGACGCGAUUUGCGCGAGUCGUUGAACAAGAAGCGCGGCAUUGACGCUCAGCUGCACCAGAUUGAGGACUCGAUCAACCGCAUGGAGACGGCCUAUCUGGAGGAGACGAGCGCCGGAAACAUCAUCAAGGGCUUCGACAACUACAUAAAGGGCGCCGCCACCACGACCACGGCCGGCGGAGCCAGCAAUGCGACCAGGCGGAAGGCCGUCAUCAGCGAUGCAGACAGGAUCUUCAGCCGAAGCUCAGCCAGCUUCCUCAGGGAAGCCUCCACUCCCGCGACCACUCCCUCCCAUGCAGCCACACCGACCUCAUCUUUUCCCACGCGCGAGAAUAGCCAGCCGACGUCCAAUGGUAAUAAGAUGGGUGGUGGGAGCAAGAAGAAGAAGACGACUGCUGAAGACGACGACGAGGACAGUAGCAAAUCCAAACGUCAGAAAAUCUCCUACGGACGAGAUUGA